CAAAACAUCACUGAUCACACUGCUAAUCCUAUCACUCAAGCAAUCCUUUUUGCUUAGGUGCUGUGAAAUUAUGGAUGGUCCAAACACCCUUCCCUUGUGGCUACUAAUACCGCUGUUUUCUGUUAUUUGGUAUUGUUUUCACUUUCUCCUCAUAUCGAAUUCUAAUGACCAAAAGUCCAAGAAACUCCCUCCAGGGCCAUACCCGUUGCCAGUCAUUGGUAACUUGUUGCAAAUCAGUGGACUCUUGCACAGAUCAGUUACAAAACUUUCUCAAACUUAUGGACCUUUGAUGUCGCUUAAAAUCGGAAGUGCAAGAAUGAUAGUUGUAUCAUCACCAGAAAUUGCCAAGGAAAUGUUUCAAAAGAAUGAUCUAGAGUUAUCAGGCAGAAGCAUCCGAGAUGCAGCCAGAGCAUUGGACCGCCAUAAGCUCUCAAUUGCCUGGUUACCACCACAAAGCCACUGGCGCAAUCUUCGUAAACUAUGCAAGGAGCAUAUCUUCUCGUCAGAAAGGCUCAAUGCUAGUCAAGGGCUUCGCCAAGAAAAGGUGCAGCAACUGUGCAAUUAUGUACACCAACAUUGUCUCAAAGGACAGGCCAUAAAUAUUUGUGAAGCUGCCUUCUCAACAUCUCUGGACUUGAUGUGGAACACUUUCUUCUCAGUUGAUUUUGCAAAAUCCCAUUCCAUAUCUAACUCUACCUCGUCUGAAGAGAUGAAAGAAUUGGUAUGGAACACGAUCAAAAUUUCUACUUGUGCCAAUCUUGUGGACUUCUUUCCCAUCCUCAAAGCAAUUGAUCCGCAGGGCGUAAGGCGCAGAGCCAAGGUAUAUUUCGGAAAGUUGCUUGAUAUUAUUGAUGGUGUCAUUCGUCAGAGAUCACAAGAAAGAGAUACAUCCAUCACUUAUCUAAGGAAAAAUGAUUUCUUGGAAGCCCUCCUUGAUCUUAAUCAGCAAAAUGAAUAUGUAGACAUGAAACAUUUGAUUGUGGAUUUACUCGCCGGAGCGACAGAAACAAGUGCAGUCACCGUGGAAUGGACAAUGGCAGAGUUACUACGCAACCCUGAUAAAAAAUCAAAAGCUAGGGACGAGAUCAUGAAAGUUGUUGGACAAAACGAUCUGGUUCAGGAAUCAGACAUCUCAAAUCUCCCUUACUUGCAGUCGGUCAUUAAAGAAACCCUUCGUCUUCGGUCUACUGCUCCAUUCAUAAUUCGCCAAGCUCAAAGUGACAUAAAAAUCAAUGGAUACGUGGUGCCAAAAAAUGCUGAUGUACUGGUUAACUCGUGGGGUAUGGGCAGGGAUCCAAGCUUGUGGUCAGAUCCUACUUCAUUCGUGCCUGAACGUUUCAUGAAUAGUGAGAUUGAUGUGAAGGGCCAGCAUUUCGAGCUCCUUGCCUUUGGCACGGGAAGAAGAAUUUGUCCUGGACUACCACUGGCGGAUCGAAUUGUGCCCGUCAUGGUGGCUUCUUUGCUUCAUAAAUUUGAGUGGAAGCUUGAAGAAGGGAUCAAACCAGAAGAACUUGACAUGACCGAAGAGUUGGGAGGUACAUUACACAAGGCAGUGCCCCUUAAGGCCAUUUGCUCUUUUGGAACCAUAAUGUAAUGGUUGUUCACCAAUCUUCUGUUGGAAUGUAUGCCCUAAAACAAUGUAUUUGUUUUAUUUUAUACAUUCCUAAAUUAUAUGUUUUGUAUUUUAAUAACUUCUUAUUUAUCUGUUAAAUAUUAGAUAUAACUGAUAAAGUCCUUAGAAUGUUUACUAAUGUGAUGGUAGUCACAAGAGUUGAUGACUAUGAGAUAUCAAUCGUAUUUAUA